AUGGACCGGCAGCCCGCGACGGGGGCGGCGCCCUCCGCGUCGGUCUUGGAGGGGACCUACAACCAGACCUACCUCAUCCGGACCGUGGACAAGGGCGGGUCCGAGGCCAAGGGCGGGUCCGACGACGACGACGACGACGACGACUACCAGGAGCGCCGCGUGCUCUUCCGCUGCGGCAACUGGUGCUACACGGGGAACGUGACGCUGGACAAGGCCAAGGUGCUGCUCAGCGACCUGCCGCGCAUCAUCCCGACGCUCCAGCGCCAGCAGAACCGGCUGCAUUUUUAUUGUAAUGCCUCCAACGUCCCCUCGGAGUCGUCCUUCAAGGAGCCGAUGGGCUUCGUCGGCGACGCGUCCGAGUUCGCCGCCGCGGAGCUCGCGUCCGCGCGCGUGCACGAGGAGCUGCGCAAGUGGACGGACAUCUACACGUGGAUGGAGACGGACGCGGCGAACACCUACUUCGAGCUCCAGUGCGCGCCGCCGCCCUGCAUGGACGGCAUCGCGCUCGCCGCGUCCAAAACGUACGCGCGGGGCCUCGUCUUCAUCACGGUCUACUUCGAGAAGGCCUUCUACGUCGUCGUCCAGGACGGCGAGGGCGACCAGCCCCUGCUCGACGUCAAGUUCCCCGACGUGUCCCAGCCGGGCCAGGGCAUCCACGUCGCCAACUACGCGGGCGACCGGACGUGGCUCAAGCUCGCGUUGUGGCACAGCCUCGCGGCGGAGAACGCGCCGACGCGGUCGAGCCCGACGCCGGCCCAGUCGCCGAAGACGACGAACCUCGCCACGGACUCCUACAUCCAGAUGUACACGGUCCUGAAGGCCACGGAGGAGCGCGGCGCGGCGGCGCGGAACAACGCGCACCACGACGUCCUCUUCCGCUUCGGGUCCUGGUGCUACAGCGGCUCCGUCCAGCUGACGCCCAUGCUCGACCUCGCGGACCUGCCCCACCUCAUCCCCGCGCUCCGCAUGCAGCAGUCGCGCCUCGACUUCAUGUGCGACGUCUCCGCGAUGCCCAUGAACUCGCCCUUCGCGCGGCCCAUGUCCUACUUCUCCAAGGUCGCGCCCGUGCUCGAGCGCGAGCUCGUCGCGGCCGAGGCCGUGCUGGCCAAGCUCCUCCAGCAGCUCGCGCAGUUCGAGGUCGGCGGGUCCGUCGCGUCGUGGCUCGAGGGCGACUCGACGCAGUCGUUCUUCGAGUUCCAGCUCGCGCUGGACAAGGACCUGGAGCGCGUCUUCAAGAACGUGGAGCUCCUGGCGUCCAAGUGCUACAACCCCAACGGCGUCGUCCUCAUCGCCAUCUACUUCCUCGGCACGUUCUACGUCGCGUUGGGCGACUCCGCGGGCGAGCAGCCCCUCCUCGACUCGCGGUUCCCCGACGUGUCCUCGAAGGGCCGGGGCUACCUCAUCGCGUCCUACGCCGAGGGCACGCCGGCCUGGCCCCAGCUCCGCAAGGUGUCCAUCUGGCAGACCGCGUCGGCGAUGGCCGCGGAGCUCGAGGCGCGCGGCGCGAAGGCGAGCGACUCCGAGCCCUCGCGGGGCCCCGCGGCCGUCGAGGCGGGCACCAAGGGCAAGGUCCACCCCCUGCUCUCGCGCGAGCACGUCGCCGAGGAGGGCGCGGCCAUGCACCGCGAGGACGGCGGCGCGACGACGCGCGUGGACCUCGGCGGCCGCGGCGGCGCGGACGCCAAGGCGCCCGCGCCGUCGUCCGCGGCCCAGGCCAAGGGCGUCGCGAGCGCGGACCCGGAGAACGAGCGACCAGCCGCCAAGGGCGACGACGACCCGGAGCCCGACGCCAAGGCCGCGCCGGCCGCCGCGCCCGAGGAGACCAAGGAGCAGCGCGACGCGAGGAUCGAGGCCCUGCUCACGGCGCAGCCCAAGAAAAAACCCUCGGGCCUCGCGCCGCUCUCGCCCCUGGGCUCCAAGGUCAACGCGCCGCACCGCGUCCCCGCGAUGGCCGGCGGCGCCGCGCUCAACGAGAAGCUCGCGAAGAUGCGCGCGGAGCUCGGCACGCUGGGCAAGGAGGCGCCCUGGGACGAGUUCGGCCGGCCGAAGGCCCUCGCCUUCAAGAACGCCACCCUCCUGACGCUCGAGCCCGACGAGACGGCGCGCGCCUAUCUCGCGCGCGCCUUCGCCGCGCCGCGGCUCCUGGGCAUCCCGGCCCUCGACGCGGCGCCCUGCCGCGGCGGCGAGAUCGUCGAGCUCUACGGCGAGCCGCAGACGGGCAAGUCCGAGCUGCUGUACCGCUGCGCGGCGACGUGGGCGCUUCCGGCGAGCCGCGGCGGCGGCGCGCGGCGCGUCGUCCUCUUCGACACGGAGCACAAGUUCCAGCUGCCGCGGCUGCGGGCCGUCGUCGCCGCGGUGGCCGCCGCGUUCCCCGCCGCCGACGACGCGGAGCCCGCGGCGGCCGCGGCGGACGCGGCGCUGGGGAGAAUCUUGAUCGCGCCGUGCGGCACGACCCUGGACUUCCUCUGCCAGCUCGAGCUCGUCGAGCAGCGCGCCGAGUCCGAGGAGGCGCCGCUCCUAUUGGUCGACUCCAUCGGCGCCUUCCUCUUCACGGAGGACCGGCCCGCGGACCGGAAGCUCGCGGCGCCGUCGCUCACGCACGCGGCCGUCCGCGCGAUCGCGCGGCUCCUCGCGCGGAGGCGGGCGACGCUCGUGGCGGCGAAGCCGGCCUACUACGAGGCCAAGGCCGGCGACCCCCGCGGCGACUACCACCCGGAGUACCUGCCGCGCGCGUGGACCGCGCUCGUGAGGCGGCGCGUCUGCCUGUCGCGCGAGUCGCGGACGACGCACGGCCCCUGCCGCGUGGCCGCCAAGUACGGCGACUUCGAUGCGGACGCGCGGCGGCCGACGCGCCACUUCUCCUUCCAGCUGGACGCGCGGGGCUGCUCCGACUUUAAGGACUAG